ACUGAGGCCUUAGAACUUAUAUCUCAAGGUGGGUGGCGCAUUUACGUUGUAGAUGUCUACGGGCUCUAGUAACCACUUAACACAAGGUGGGCUGUGAGCCUGUCCAUCCAUCUAAGCAAUAAAAUAAAAAAAUCCACUUCUGACAGCAAAUUGCUUUUGUGUAAAAACCUAAAUUAAAGAUUUGGCUGUAUGUAUGGUGCGUUACCUUCGUCUUUCCUGUUUUAAAAAAAAAAUGAAAGCGUAAAUAAACAAGUAAACUCAAACUCAAAUUGAUAGAAUCUAAAGCACUUGUACAAGAAAAUUACUUAACUAUUACAUAUAUACAUUUUACAUAAAACCCAAGCUUAACAGUAGCGUCAUCUACAUCUACAUCAAGGUGAAUUGUACAUAUUUCAUAAUGAACGAAUCGUUUUUAAAUCCUAUUCCGGAACCUAAGAAGAUUGGUGUUUGGGCAGAAGGGACUCACAUAGAAGCAAAGGAAUUUAUGAUACCAAACAAAUCACCUGAAUCAACUGACGAUAUUCCUACAAUACCAGACUUAGAUGAUCUACAAGAUAUAUUGGAGAAGGAAAUAUCAUCACUACCAGUACCUACGCAGAAGAACACAGAAACAGUAAACACUUUGACUGAAGUUGGAGGAGGUAUCAGUGGCUCUGCAGACAGCAUUGAAGGGGUGCUUGAAGUACUCAAAACAUAUAUACCAAAGGUGGAGUCAGACAUCGCAGAUACUGUGUGGACAGUAGAUUCGUUACUCAUGCAGUUAGCUGAAGAAUACCAGGAAGGCAAUUCAAACUGAUGUUUUGCAUCACUGUUACCAUUCCACAUUUGUUUACAGUUGGAUAUACCAACACUAAAACAUUGAGCUAAAUUCCCUUCAGCUCAUCUAGUUUUCAUUAUAUCAAGCAGAUUGUGGAUCAACCACCAAAACCAUAGUGGAAAUCACUUUAGGAGAUUGUUAGACUUUCAUUUUAGCAGCAGGUAAUAUCAAACAGGCAGUAAAUAUCAAACAUAAACAAAUUCCAAAAACCUAUUGGAUACUGGCUGCAAUAUCUGUAUCCAACUUGUAUUACUCAACAUUUAUAUUUUUAACCCUUGAUGUAUUGAAAUAUAGAAUCACGAAAUUUAAUGUCAACUACGGUUACUCUAUGUGAUUUUACAUGAAAACGUGAAUUGCAGUAGUUAUUGCAGAAUUUAUCGGUAGGCAGCAGGUUGGCUCUGCUCCUCGUGAGGAGGUAAUCUCCUCCCGGUAAUGGUCACGGGGCGACCUGAGGGGGUUGAGGCUGCACCGCAUGCUACUAUCACUCUAACGCGUCGUCGGCAGCGCUCUGCGUUGUCGUCGUCGCUGUCGUCGCGAAAUAUACUGUGGAAAAGCAACGCGGUUGGCGGUUUAUCGCGUUCCAACCCGGUAGGCUGGUUCUGGCCAAGUGGGGUAUCCCAGAACCGCGCCGCGAGUCUGGUUGUAGUGUUGACCGCGGAAACCCCACUACUCUGACCGGGUUCUGACCCCGGACGGAGACCGGACGUAAGAGUAAGAGUGCAGUGGAGUCGUUUAUUGCGGUAGUGCACUAAAACUCCUUAGGCCCGCGAUCUGCUCCCAACAUCUGUAGAUCGUCAAGUUCCACAUACCCCAUGCGCCCUCUAGGCGCGGGGGCCUCGCAAGAGGUUCGGCCUCCGGCUCAAAAUGCUCCUGGGAUUGCUGACAUUCAUGGGCGACAGUAACCACUCACCAUCAGGUGGGCCGUAAACUCGUCUGCCUACAAAGACAAUAAAAAAAAUGCAUUUGAUGUAUUAUUAAAACAUUUUAUUUUUGUAUAAAAAUCAUUAUUUAUUAUGUUGCAAUGUUAGAGCAGUGAACUUUAUUUUGAAAUCAUAUUUUUUGUUAGAAUAUUACAUUAAACAUAUUAAAUUCAAUUAAAGGAAUCCUCAGCUCAAAUAAAAUUAUUCUUAAAAUUAAAAGAACAUUAAAACGUGUAUGAUUUUUUUAUGGAAUGUCAUUAGUGGGGAAUCUCUUGCAUCCUGUAGAUUACAUUUUCUUCCUGUUAGUCAUAGAAGAUGAAAACUUUUCAUCGCAUUUCUUUUCUAUUUAUGGAAAAAAGGCUUAGUUAAAUUAAAUGUCCUAAUCACACCUGACUCAUUCACUAUUUAUAAUUUAAAAUAUACUUCAGUCUAUUAUGUAGGCAACAUUAAAUCAAAAUACUACAAAACAUAUUAAUUUAUCAGCCUUUUUAAUACGUUUUUUGUUAGCUUGACCUGUCUAUCUAUUUACUGGAAUCAAUGAAACUUUUACCAAUUUUAAUAUGUAACUUAAAAAUUUUGCACAUUGAGAACUGCUGACAAUGCAAUUAAUUUAUUGAUCUAACCAUUCUAAGAUUACCAGGAUCAAAUUAAUUUUUGUUUGGCUUUCUAUUUAGGCAUGCUUUUUAGUGUUUAAACUAUUCAUAGUCAUUUUAACUGAAUUUUUUAAUAAAAGCAAAAAUAAGUAAUAUAAUUCUGUUAACAUAUUAACUACGGGGCAAGUUUUGUUUUACAUUCAGAUAGUGAUGCUGAGCGAUGAUCAGCCCAAAUGUAGCUCGAGCCCAAUAUAGCUAGUCUCUUUGGUGUCAAAUGUUCAUAAGUGAAUUUCUGCACUAGAGGAAUGAGACUUCACCCUAGCAUGAAGUGGAUUUUGCAUCACAAGCUGUAGUGAAUAUUUGAAAUCAUAAUACAUAAAUUCCAUAGGACUUUAUUUCUGAUUAAAUUUCCUAUUUAGCUGAUGAGGUCUUUAAACAUAACUAUAUGAAUAUGUAUUAAUGUACUAUACUGUAAAAUAAAAACUGUGCCCUGAGUUGCCUUUGAAAGACACAAGCCACAUUUGCAAAUGUGGCAUAUUUGUGUUUGUGUGUUUCAAAAUCAAGUUAUUAUGUUUUUAGUUAGUUAAGAAAUUAUGAAGGAAAAUGUGGUAUUAUAGCAUUGUGGGCAAUCUUGUGUAGAAUCAUUUUUAAAAUAAUUAGAAAACUAAACAAAAUACUGUUAAUUAAUCAGCCAAGCUAUAUAUUCACAAGUUUUAUUUACUGAAAUUUGCCAUUUAUGUUGAUUUUCCCUAUAUAAUUAAUUGGCAUUGUCAAUUGUGCAUUCAAAUAGUUUUUCAACUUCCAUUUAUUAGACUAUUCAGAUUACAAAACUGUAUUUUAUUUAACACACUAUCAAUUAACGUAAGGCACACCACAACACAAUACUAGCACAGAUUCCGUCUUAUGGCGCUCCUAGAGAUGUCUCAACACCACUUACUGGGUCAAAUUCAACAAUAACCUAUGACCGUGCAGAGAAACUUUGUAUAAAAGUUUUACUAGAUCCUCCGGCACAGCGAAACGCAAUAUAUGAAGUUAUCAUAAGAACAAUGUACGAAGGCAAGAUUGAAGCUGCAUAGAGCUCCCUGCUGUUCAAUAAACUUAGAAAUGAUACAAAGAAAUGUGAUAUGAUAACCCAGAGAAUUUUUAGAUAGUUCUUUUCAUCAAAACCACUAAAGAAUAUGAUACUCCAGAAUGUGUUGAGUAGUAUCAUACAAAGAGUCAUUGCAGAACUUGUCACAAAAAAGUAUUCUGUCCCACCACUCAGGCCUAAUGUGCCAGGGCCAAUCUGCAAUAAUAAAAGUAGUCAUGUUACAUACAGAUCAUGAAUAAAAUAUGUUAUUUUCACUUUGUAAAUAAAUAAAAAAAUGCAAGUGGAACUUGGGAAAAGCAGUAAUUUGAAGAGUUAUUUUAAAUUUAUGAUUUUUUUGAAAAUUAACAAAUGCUUGAAUUAGUUAAGUCACAAACCUAGAGUGUAAUACACUAGAGUCCUACAGUAUAAUUGCAAAUUUAUGUACAUUAUUUUUAAAUUGUUUACUAAAACAUAAAA